GUGAAAUCGGUGGUAGAAUGAUGAACCUGACGCCUCUGCUGCUUCUGCUGCUUGUCGGCUCUCUGCAGCUGGUUUCUGGAUCUUCUUAUGCUCCUAAUGUGGGCCGCGGCAGCUGCUGUGACAAAACCACAAGAGUAAAGAUUCCUCUACACAGAAUCACAUCUUACAGCUGGACCAGCAGUGAUUGUCCCAGCAAAGCAGUGAUUUUCCAGACGAUUGUAGGAAACCAGAUUUGUGUGGAUCCUGAAGCUCCCUGGGUAAAGAAUCACACGAAAGCGGUGGAUCUUAAACAGAAAUCAUCAACAACCAGUGGAACCCCAAAAUCCAGCACCAGCGUUUAAACUGAGUGUAAUAUAACAGUUUAUAACAUGAAUGUAUUUAAUAUUUGUUGUAAAUCAGUGGAACAAAAUUCUUCAGUUCUGAUCAGUCUGUAAUCACGUCACUCUUUAUAUCGUCUUUAUUAAUAUA